AUGUCAAACCUUCUGCAACAAGGACACCUCAAGGAGUUACUCAUCGACAAGGACAUGAACACAUUAGCAAAUGGUCGAGAAUGCCCAGGCCCACCAAAACCGCACUCAUCUGCUUGCACCAUCAACAUGAUUAUUGGUGGCAGUGAUGAUGCCUCCAUCAAUGACAUCAAGUUCACCGCCACUCACAAACUCAAGAGAUUGAUCACCCACGAAUGCUAUGAUGGCCUCGAAGAGAGUAAUAUCUUUGAUGAGUCAGAUACCGACGGUUUUACUUUUCCUCACAUUGAUGCACAUGUCAUUACUUUACGAAUUCUUGAUACUGAUGUUAGGAGAAUUAUGGUGGAUGGCGUAAGUGAAGCGUGCAUCAUCCAUCCUCGAGUCCUCGCACAGAUGCGACUUAAGUAUAAGAUAGUGCCGCGCUGUAUUACACUAUUCGAUUUUAAAUGA